AUGGCUUUGGGAAAAGAAAAUUUUGGUUUUAAUUUUUCACUUGGUACAUUAAGUAGAAAAAUUGAUUGUUUAAGAUAUACACUCCUUUCAUUUAGUAUAUUUUCAUGGAUUUUAGGUGUUGUCGUUUUUGCUCUUUGCAUUUGGUUAAAAUCCGAUCAAUCUUUUCACAGAUGGGUUGAAGAUUUACAAAUUUAUGAAUUUUACAUUGGAAUUUAUAUUAUUUUAUUUGGUAGUUGUUUGUUAAUAUUUACAUCUUGUUUGUCUUGUCUUUUCAUUGCUAAUGAAAAUGUUAAAGGCCUUCGAAUUAUGACAAUAAUAUACAUGUUGAAAUAUGCAUGUGGAUUAAUUGGUGCAGCUCUUUUGUUAAAUUACAGUACAAAUAAUUCAGCAAUACAACCCGUUAUUAAAGAAUCAAUGCUUCAACUUAUAUCACAUUCACAAAAUGAUUCCAGAGCUCACACACUUAGACUCAUACAAGAAAGUAUUGGAUGUUGUGGAGCCAAUGGUGCUAAUGAUUAUUUAGAAUUUAAAAAACCUUUACCACCAGAAUGUAGAGAUUCAGUUACAGGACAUACAUAUUUUCAUGGAUGCGUUGAUGAAUUGACAUGGUUUUUAGAAGAAAAAGCUGCUUGGCUAGCUGGCGUAUCAAUGUUUUUAUGUUUAUUUGAUGUGAGUAACAUUAAAUUUUCUUUUUAUUCAACUGUACUGUACCAGUUCAUACAAAAACCUUAUUUAAAAAAUGUCUGA